AUGGAGUUUGGAGAAAUAAAAGAACUAUUACUUAACGAACUAACCAAAGAACAAAAAUAUUUGCUGAAUACUAAACAAGCCGGAGAAGCUUGGGAACUUUUGACUAAUUUAACCAAUAAUUCGGUUAGUUUGAUAUUCUUGGAUCCGCAAUACGAACCGGAGAAUGUUUUAUCGCCUAAUAAAAGAAAGCAUCCUCAUCAAAAACCCAAAGAGUUAAUCGAAGCCCUAAUUUUGGCAACUACUAAUGAAGGAGAUUUAGUGGUUGAUCCUUGUGCAGGAAGUUUUAUUGUGUUAGAAAUUUGUCAAGAAUUAGGGAGAAAUUAUUUAGGAGUUGAUUUGACUUAUAAGGAAAUGAAGGAAUUUUUAAGCAAUAAACCAGAUAAAGUUAAUGAAAUCUAA